CCUUCAAGUUACAGAGCCAAAAGGUUUUGUUGCUUUCUGCUUAAUGGAAGGACCCUGAGCUGUUCCCUCUCUCUCUGUUGUUGUUUGUCUGCAUUUUUCUACUGUAAAUUGUUCAAACCGUUUACUGAUCUUCUUCUUCUUCUUCUUCUUCCUUUUGAUUCGAUUCCCUAGCUUUCCAGUUUAAGAGAGACUAAAUUUGUGAAGCUGUGUGAUGUCUCCACCUCUGUUGGGUGUUGAGGAUGGGGGGCAAAGCAAGGUCUCUUUAGUGGCCUCUUCACCUUCUGUGGAUUGUAUAUCCCAGAAUGGCUGCAGGUUAAAAGAGCGUAACUAUCUGGGUUUGUCUGAUUGUUCUUCAGUUGACAGCUCUGCAGUACCAAGCUUAUCUGAGGAGAACAAUAACAAUCUCAAUCUAAAGGCUACUGAGUUGAGGCUUGGUCUUCCUGGGUCCCUAUCUCCUGAAAGAGAUACAGAAGUUUCCUUGCUUAUAUCAGGGAAACUUGAUGAGAAGCCUUUGUUUCCUUUGCUUCCUCUAAAAGAUGGGCAUGGAAUCUGCUCAUUGCCACAAAAGCAUGUUGUUUCUGGUAACAAAAGAGGCUUCUCCGAUACCAUGGAUGGAUUUUCAGAGGUUAAAGGCUCUGCUUAUUCAGAAAAGAAUUGGCUUUUUCAUUCGGCUGGGACUGAGUCUGAUUCUCCUCAGUCUGUGGGACAAGGGAAGUUUUCCGGUGCUUCUGGGAUAAAUACAAUGCUAUCUUCUCGGCCUUCUGGGCCUCAGUCAACCUUGAUUAAAGAGGUGGCCCAUAAUGUGUUACAGGACCGAUCUCUUGCUGCCAAUGCAACCAAACUGAACCAGACUGGUACUUCUAACCACAGUGGUAGCGCCCCUGCUGCCAAGGCACAGGUUGUUGGUUGGCCUCCAAUUAAGUCAUUUAGGAAGAACACUUUGGCUACCACUUCGAAGAACAAUGACGAAGUUGAUGGAAAACCAGGUCCUGGUACUCUCUUUGUCAAGGUCAGCAUGGAUGGCGCUCCUUAUUUGCGGAAGGUAGAUCUAAGAACUCAUUCCACCUACCAAGAACUCUCUCGUGCUCUUGAGAAGAUGUUCAGCUGUUUUACCAUCGGUCAAUGUGGAUCUCAUGGAGCACCAGAGAGGGAAAAGCUGAGCGAGAGUAAGUUGAGGGACCUUCUGAAUGGAUCAGAAUAUGCACUUACAUAUGAGGACAAAGAUGGUGACUGGAUGCUUGUUGGGGAUGUACCAUGGGAGAUGUUUAUUGAAACGUGCAAGAGGUUAAAGAUCAUGAAGAGCUCUGAUGCCAUUGGAUUAGCUCCGAGGGCAAUGGAGAAAUUCAAGAUCAAGGCCUAGCAGGGCAUUCUAGUUAUGCUCCAAACUAAGAUGAAUGGAGGGGGGUCAGGAAGGAGGGGAGAGCAGGUGGAAAGCUAAAAUUUCUGAAGAAAUGGUGUGACAGGAUGGUCGGUUCGGAUCCAACACCUCAUUUAUGUUUUGAUUGCAUAAAGAAGUUGGUGCUAGUUUUAUGCAUGUUUGAAGUCUGAUUGUUUUAAAACCUAAUUAUGUUCUUAAGAAAAUCAGUGGAGUUGAUAUAGCAACUAUAUAGGAGUUUAGUUUUCUUUCUUUCGAAGUGUUGUGUAUUUGACGACGACUGAUGAAUCAAAGAUUGACUCGAUCAUUAUGCUUUUUUCUGCAA